ACGUGGGGGUGGUGGAGGGUAUUGGAGGCAGAAUCUUGAUCGAUGUGUGGCCUUUGUCGAUAAGGCAGAGGCUGACAAGGCAAAGGAGCGUGAGGAGAAGGAAAGGAGGAAAGAAAAAAGGAAGCGCAGAAGGAGAGGGAAGAGUUUGAGGCAAAGGUUGGCGAGAGGCUCGAGAACAAAUUGGCGUCGAUGUAUGGACCGGUACGACCGGGUGUUGGUAAAGAAGUCGCAGGUUCCAGCCUGGAGGCUGAUGAAUUGGUAGGGUUAAAACGGGAAAACGAGGAGUAUAGGCGGAAGCUGGAAAAGGAAGGUAGUGGCAAUGAGAGUCUGAUUGAUAGGUUGCUGAAGGAGAAUGAUGAGUUGAGGAAGCGGUCAUGUUUGACGCGUGAUAAUUUGGAGGAUAGCUUGGGGCAACUGAUGAAGGAAGUGCAGGAGCUACGGGAUGGGAGAAAUAACGAUAAGGAUCUGUUGGUAAGUUUGAAGUCUGAAAUUGGUCUUCUUCGGAAGGAGAAGCAGAUAUCGAUGGAGGAAACACAGCUGUGGAGGAACGAGGCCCUAAGGCCGGGCAACAAGCGGGGGACUAUAAGUAUUGGAACACCAGAUGUGAGCAUUCAGACUAGGCAGAGGGUGAUGGAAUCGCCCAAUCAGGACUUCAGUGAAGAGUUGCACCAGAUGAAGGAUAAGGAGUAUUGUGUAUUGAGGGAGGUGGAGGCUUUGAAGCAAAAAAGAGCUGAGGCAGAGGCUAGGAAGUUGGAGGUCGAAACUCGCAGGAGUGAAGCGGAGGUGGAGGUGGCUAGAUUGCGGGAGCAGGUUGAGAGGUUGACGACAGAAGCUGCAGAGGCACCAAUGGGAGGUACGGAUUUAAAAAACCGACUGGAGGCGGCGGCUGCAAGUGGGCGGAAGACAGUAAGAAGGGGUAGACCAAGGAUGACUCCAGGGAAAACGCCGAGAGCGGAGAAGGUGGCUACGGUUGAGAAUGACCGAUUUCUGUUUCUGCAGGAGGAACGAAAGAAGCUCCGGGCCCUGAAGAAGCAGGGUCUGGAAGCCAUAUGCAAGCAGGAAGGCAUAAAAUAUAAAACGGUUGACUCUACGGCUGAUGAGCUGGCAGAGAUGAGGGCGGAUGCUCGUUUCGGCAAACGAGAGGGUAGCACCUCGAAUUCGGUGGCGGAAGUGGAGGAAGGAGGGUUGGUUGAUCGUGCUGCUGGGGAGGAAGGAACGGCUAAGUUGACCGGUUAUCUGAAAGUGAUUCAGGAGGAGGGUGUCGAUUUGGUAAGAUGCAAAGGGCCGGUCGUGUAUGUAUGGAUGUCCCCAUGGGCUAAGCACAUGUAUGUGGGUGCUACUAGUAGAUCUCUGGACAUACGAUGGAGGGAGCAUCUCUUUCGGGUGAAUAAUGCACAGGUGGUGGCGUCGGGAAGAAGGAACCAGCGUCUUUACAGAUGGUUACAAAGGUGUGGGUCGCAGCAAUAUGUCGCUCUUCCUCUUAUUCGCUGUUUGGAGGGUGAUCUGUUUGAUUUGGAGAAGUUUGUUAUUUUGAUUUCGGCCUACCUCAAUAGUAGGGAUCGACCAAGGAGACACCGUCGGCGGCGAGCUGGUAAACGGGAGCGCCGUAGGAGGGCUCGUGUGGUUGAAGAUGUGUCGUUGAGCAGGGGAAACACGCAUCUGAACUUUGAAGCAUCAGAUGGUACUGCUUCGGUGAGCCUGCUCAAACUGCUCAAUGAUUGUAGGGGCAACGGGUUCUCGAGUAUGAGUGUGGUGUGUCGGGGGGGUCAUCUUUUGGUCAAUCAAUGGAAGCUUCUGAAGCGAUGUUACGGGUCAUCGGAGGUCAGCUCGCGGUUUGGGGUAGUGCAGCUACGUAGGGUGAGAGGAUGGCUGGCGGACGGGGUACAAAUUCAUUUUGUUAACAUUAUCUCUUUCUGUUCAUCUUUGGCGGUAUUUAAGCCACUGCUUGCUGGUCUAUUAAGCAAUCCUCCCUCGCGUAAGCAAUUGCUCUCCUGGGAAUUUGAGAGGUUGGUUUGGUUGUACAGUGCUGUGCAAGCGUUUUCUGAGAAACGUACUAGGUAUACUCUGAGGUGCUUACUCUCUGGUGUUAUUCGUCGAAGGUUUGAUUGCAAUGUGCGCAGUAGACUGGUGGUUAAGAUUGUGUUUGAUGAGUGUUUGAACAAAGCGGGGAUUCGAAAGUUGUGUGUUGCCAUGUUGGAGAAGUUGGAAAUCUCGGUUGGUUGGAAGUGGAUGUUGGUAAGAAGGAUGAGAGUGGUGUGGGGGAGGAAUCGAAGUGUUGGGGAUAUUCUGUACAAUGUUCGGGCGAUGUCAAGAGAGAAGGAUGUGGUCUGUUCUUGUGAUGAAAAGGAGGGUAUGUUUCCUCGACAGGACGGGCAUGUGUGCUUCAGGACAAGUGAGGCUGGAUUUGUUCCUGGAUGGCUGAAGAAUGCCAGAAAUAUCCCCAGGCCAUCGGCUGGUUGCUUGCGGCGUUCUCUCAAAACGCAGUUACUAUCGGCCUUUGAUCGAUUGGGAAUCGCUGGAUCAGGGUCUCGUAGGGAAUUGGGUGGCAUGAUGUCGGGGGAUCUGAUGAAGGAUUGUUUUAACAGAGUUGGUGAUGUGAAUGGGGGGGUUUGUAACACGGAUAAGGUUGAUCAGUGGAAGGAGCGAUUUGAGAGAUUGGUGCGAUGUCCAAUCGAUCAUAAUCCAGGGGAUUUGCUUGUGUGCUGCCCAAUGAUUUAUCGAAAAGGUAUUGAUGAGAUGUUUGUUAAGAACCCGGGCUUCGAGAUAUGUUUGCGGGAGGAGGAGGAAAUCAACAAAUCUAAUGGACUACGCUUUGAGGGGUUGGGUGUUGGCGCUCUGGGAAAGUGGAACAGGGAAGGCAAGUUGGGUAGCUGUUACACCAUUCCGAAGCACAAGGACAUUCGAAAAUGGCGACCGAUUUGUCCCACCUAUGAGGAGUGUGGGAAUAAGGCUAGCAAGAGGGUGGCGAGGGUGGUCAACCAGAUGCUUUGGGACAUGCCGGCAAGAAGUAACUUUAAUAUGCGUUCCACUGAGGAGCGGGUGCAGAGAAUUGCGGUCGCCAAUAAGGAUCUGAGAAGAAGUGAGAGUUUUGUCUCGGCGGCUUUUGAUAUUAAAGAAAUGUUCUGCAACUUACCUCACAAAGCGGUGAUGGAGGCGGUACGAUGGAUUGUUGACUUUUGGUUGGCACGGGGUGGACUGGGGAUUUUGCUUCAAGAAAGAGGGAAAGGGGCGAAGGUGAGAAUGGGGGAUGGACAGAUUGGGUGGACGAAAAUUGGUUUCGAUGAGAUUAUUCGUUUUGUUGAAUUUGACCUGAGUUGUACGUAUGUGGUGGCAUGCAGUGUGAUCUUGCAACAACGAGUUGGGAUCCCGAUGGGCAAAGCCUUGAGCCCAGCCCUUGCAUGUUUGCUAUGUGCAUUUGCGGAGUUCACGUUCUUGAAUUCGCUGGGCACAAGGAGGUCAAUCACGUAUGGCACACGAACUGUUGAUGAUGUAUCUAUCUUUGUACGAUAUAAGUUGGGUGAAGACGAAGGAGGGCGGAGGAGGUGAUUGAGAAGUUUAGGGAAUGUUAUCAUGAGAAGCUCACCUUGCAACGU